AUUGAUUGCUUGUGUAUUUAUUAUUUAUUUCUAAGAAUAGAGAUUUCUACUUCAUACUCUAGAUUGCAGAACCUGUAAAUAACUAUAAAAUGCAGAACUUUUCGGAUGAAAGCGUUUCUCCAAUAAAAGUUGUAGAUUUUGGUUUUGUUCGUGUGGAUACCGAAGCGGAGAAAAUCAUUGUAGUCGAAAACUCAUCGGAUAAAGUACUAUCAUACCGCGUGUCUUUGAUGUAUAUUUUGAAUAGCAUCGAUCGUGUAUUUAAUUUGACGAUUACUUCAACUCCUGUAAGGCCAGGGGAUAGUGCAGAAGUUAGGAUUUUGUUCAGACCCCGGUUGUCUGGGCAAUCGUAUACAGACUAUUACGUGAUAGAAGAUACUUCUGGAAGUAUUUAUAGACUGACUAUCGUUGGAAAAUGCUUUGGUCCAGAGGUGUAUCUUAGCAAAAGGAAACUUGUAUUCCGAGUUUGUAAAAAUGUAUCGGAACAUCGAAAGGCCGUGAUAAAUAUAGUGAACCGAUCGGCAGUAGAGACCACGUACCAGUGGCUUUUGCCUUUGGGUGGACAAGGCUACUUCCAGAUAUCCACCGGAAACUGUGGGCUUAUCAGGGCUUACGAAACCAUUACGACGACUGUAAUAUUUUCUGGCACCGCGCUCGGAAUUUAUACGGGAGAACUGGUCUGCCUAGUUUUGAAUCAGGAACCGCUUUUCUUGAACGCUCUAGCUACAGUAGUCCUACCAGGCAAUCCUCUCUUCAAUAUCAACGACCAUGUCUUCGAGAAGAAUUGGAAGCGCAAGAGUCGCUUCACUCACCUCAUGGAGAACAGUCUCAAUCGGCUUAGCUACAUUCCAUCGGCGUCUGUGUUUGAAAGAUACCUGGAUUUCGGUAUGGGCAGCGUCUCUGAUAUCACGAGGAAUAUAUCGCAGACGCUGUGUGUUACAAACCACGAGCAAGAGGAGGGUUACAUACAGUGGAUGCCAGAUCCUGAUAAUAUUUUUAUAAUAGAUCCAAUUGACACGGUAAUCCCACCGAACGAGUCUAGACUGUUUACUGUGAGGUUUAGGCCUAAAAUAGUAAAUGAGGUAUACGGCUAUCUAAUAUGCGGUGAUUUUCAAUACAAGAGGUAUGAUGAUAGCGAAGACACGAGCACUGUCAAAAUGAAGCACACUUGGUUCCGUAUACCUUGUAUCGGGAACACUUGGUCACCCUGCACAGAGUGGACUACAGAGUGGGAUUGCCCAAUAGAAGUGGUCCUCCCACCCACUGUGCCAGCAAGAACGACUUUCACAAACUUUAUGUUGGCUAAUAAACUUGAGAUUCCUAUGUAUUUUAAGUUUGAAGCGCCUUACAGCACGAAUUUUGUGGUUUUACCGAUGUGCGGCAUAGUUCAGAGUCGAGGGUGGCAAAUAAUAUCAGUCGCGUUGGAACCGAAGUCUUUCGGCGAUUAUUAUGAAACAUGGGACCUAGUCAUAAACAAAGUUCAGAAGGCCCGUAUCUGCUUCUGCGGCAAUGCUGAGAUCAGUCAAGUGGAGGUGAUGUCCCACGGGUACAACCCUGCCACCCACGCCAUGUACGAGUUUCCACCUACCGUCACUGGCUGCACCAAUUACUGCACCGCCUACUUGCACAACAUCACUAGGAUGGAGAUUCAUAUCCGAGUACUAAACAGCGUUCCUUGGCUGGGCGGCGCCAGCUCGGGGUCAUUAGUUUUACCACCAAAAGAAAUAGUGCGGUAUCAUUGGUGGUUCUUCCCUAAAACUCCUAACAAGGUCUACGAGACGACUGUGACCUGUUCUUGUGUCUGUUUGAUUAACGGGAGGCCUGUUGGAGAGCCGACAGAAAUCUUUAUCCAUAUCACAGGGUUCUCUGAGCUUCCAGAUUUAAGGGUUCUUCCGAAAUCAACAAACCUUCACGAUAUCGUGGUUGGAGAAAACUUAAUGUUCUCAGUUACCUUAUACAACUACGGGUCUUGUUUCUUCACCUCUAAGCUGUUUCACCUUAUAGACGGAUUAGAAGACGACUUCAGUGGUGACAGAUUUGAAAUAGACUCUACUGUAAAUAGUUUGAAACCCUCUAACCACUGCGAAGUGAAAAUGACUGUGACUCCCGAUGGAGCUGGCCCUCGUCAGAUUGACAUAAAAUAUACGGUGCUAUUCCGUACUGAACACGACGAGAUAGAAGAAAUACAGCCUAUAAAGAAGACCAUUUGCACGAUUUGGUAUGACGGCAUUUAUCCAACACCCAAGGUAAAACGUACAAUUUCUGUAAAAUGCCCAGUAAUAUUGAGCAACCAUUGCGUUUGGAAUAUCGUAAAUGUUAACGAACUAAACAAAGCCUUCGAAGACUGCCGGCCUAACAAACCCCUCUCCGUAAACAUCUUCGCCCCUGACUUAUGUGUGAGGACAGGAUUAGUGGAGUUCAUUUUCGUGAUGGGAUGCCUUUACGCGGCCCCAGUGCCGUGGAGUCUGCGCAGAGAGAAAAUAUGCGACUGCAACAUGAUCGAAGUCCAGACCGGCAUAUCGACGUAUGAAAUGAGACAUAAGUGCAUACACAGACCGCUGGUUGAGCUGACACCGCUGAAUGGCAUGAUAACGCCUGAAAUCCCAAACCUCCUACACCUAAAGUUCAACUACCACUUAGAGGGCCAAAACACAUUGUGUUACAUUAUGACGUUGCCAAACCAAAGGACCAUCUAUCUCUACAUAAACAUGUACGCACAUUUGAAUACCAGAGGCAUACUAACGCCCCUAAGGAGGCCAGUGGGAAUCACAGAAUAUUUAGCUGUGCUGGAUUGUGGAAGAGUUCCUAUUAAUAACCUUGAUCCAGUGAUCAGAAUCGUGUGGCUCUACAACCCUACAGAAGUGUUCACGACUUGGCGACUCUUACGGGGUAACACGAUAUCCCCAGAUUCAGUCUUACGAUGUUUGCUAUACUUCGCCGAAGUGCCGCCCUUGGGAAAGCUGGCCAUACCCUUCGCCUUUAUGCCCACUGAAAUGAUUGAUUAUGAGAUGAUCUUCUACUGCUCCUUUGGAUAUGACACGGUCAAGAUUUUGGUGACGGGACAAGGCGGUCUCCCAAAUUGCGUAGAGACAAGGCUGGACAUUCCUACCUACAUUCAAAAGGUCAUUAGAUCUUCUUUCAGAGAUGAUGUCAUUUACUUAUCAAUGGAGCAUAUCACUAUCCCGCCAAUGCCUACGCAUUCAUUGUCAAGGGAUAUCAUUGCUCUAUGCAACAACACUGAUCAUAUCAUGCGGUUUAUUUGGUUGCCGGAAAGAAUAGCAAAUAUUCUGAACAUCGUGAUGACACCUUGUUGGGGUGUGAUUCAACCAAAAUGUAGCGAGUGGAUAACUAUGACGGUUUAUACCUUGCAAGAACCAGCAACGUUUACAACAACAGUGGCGUGUGAAAUAUUAGAUUUGACUGAAAGAAGGAGGUAUCAAAGAAACGAAAUGCUGAGACGAAGCAAGAUUGAAAAGUGCAAUCAGGAAUUUAUUAUUAUCGAAGAAGGAUUAUUUCAUCCUGGCAUAAAUGAUUUCCCUCCAUACGUGGAAGAUAUCGAGAAACCACAACCAUAUUACUUGUCUAUGACAGUGUCAGUAUCAUCUAAGGGACAACGUGAUGGCUACCCCAGAAUGCUGUUGAAGCAAAUGUGGGAACAGACCCCGCCGUAUGAUUUGUUAUCGUCUGACCUCAACGACUAUGGGGGAGGGGGAGAAAGAACCACGAGUGGAAACAACAUGACCAUGAAUGACAUUAUCCGAAUCAUCGACGGGAUAUUAUGGGAUGCACUGCAUAGCAAGAUGUUCAAAAAUCAAAUAAUGUUUUACUCCAAAGAGGAGAUUCCGACUUAUCAACAACUUCUCAAAGUUAUCGAGACAGACACAAAGUCGAGGCUAAGCAGACGAGUAACAUCGGGCAUAUGCGAUGCGAUAGUCAACAAAGCAAUAUUCCACGUCUAUAGCCUUAACCCGAAGCACGACGUUUCCAUAUUAGAAGCAGAAUAACACUAUGAUGAUUGUUAAGUUUUGAAGAAGCUGCUAUUUGAUGGCUGCCUCUGACUCAAGCCCUAAGAAUGGAAGAAGUCCCAGCGAAAUAUUAACUUAUUUUACGUUAGAAUUGAUAAUUUGUU